AUGAUGCUCUUUCAAAAGUGGAGACCUUUACUUCGGUCGGCGGGAGCUCGUCGGAGUUUUCGAUCAGACUCGGCUCUGCUAUCUUUAGCCAAGGCGUCGGAAGCUAGAUCACCAAACGUCGUCGUUCUCUACAACUACCCCUCAUUCUCCGGUGCAUUUUCCGCGCUCUUCGCACAUCUCUAUUACUCGCGCCUCAAUAUCCCUUGCCUCAUUUUGCCUUUUUCUUCCGUGAUUCCAUUCAGAGUGGAAGAUGUUUGUAUUGAUGGACUUAAAGAGUGUUACUUCCUUGAUUUUGUUGGGCCAAAAGGGUUUCUUUCCGAGCUUUCGAAGCGGACAUCAGCCAAGAUAAUUGGAUUUGAUCAUCGUAAGCUGGCGCUGAAAAACAUCCCUCCUAAGGGACAUUUGGGUGAAAAUGUGUCCAUACAAGUCAAUCUGGAGAAAAGCAGCUCUUUUGCAGUCUAUGAAUACUUUUCCUCCAAGCUUUCUGGAGUUUUGUCAGAUAAUGAGGGUACUAAUAGUCUUUUAGAGGCCAAAGACCAGGUGGGAGUUGAGAUGGUUCUGAAAUACAUUGAAGAUGGAGAUCUUCGUAAAUGGAGUUUGCCUGACAUUAGAGCAUUUAAUGUUGGUAUCCGAAGUUGGCGCUCCAAGCUGAAUUGCAUCACUAAUCCUCACAUGUAUCAACAGUUAUUAGAUAUGAGCUACAUGGAUAUAAUUGCCGAAGGCAAAUCAUUUUUUUCUACUCGGGAGAUUGCUGCCAACAAGAUGCUGGAUAAGGUUAUCCUAAUCAGGUUGGGUAGAGGGAUUUAUGGGAAGUGCCUGGGGGUCAAACUUCAAGGUAAAUCAGAUGUAAUUGAUGAAGUUGGCAACGAACUCAGCCGAAGAAGUGCUGCAGCUGGACUAAGGCCCAUCGGAGCUGUUAUUCAUAUGCAACGAAAAAAUCUAAAAAUGUGCCUAAGGAGCACUGACGUUGCUACUGAUACUUCCGAAGUUGCUAAGGCUUAUGGUGGGGGUGGUUGCCCAAGUUCGAGCUCUUUUAUAAUUAGGAUGGACGAGUAUAAUAAGUGGAUAUCUUCUGCUGUAUCUUAA